GCCUUUACCAAAGAACUCCAAUUUUGGAUUAUCAUCCAAACAUUCGUGAUGAGAUAAGGAGGGCAUACAUUCAAAAACGUCCUUGCCAACCUCAGGGUCAUGUGUUCCCUAAAACUAACUUUUUUGGAAUACCAUGUCGUUUUGUUUCUGGAUGGUUUGAUGAAUAUCCUGAUUGGUUGGAAUAUAGUACAAGUGCAAAUGCAGCUUAUUGUUUGCCUUGCUAUUUCUUCAAAGGCGAAAACAUUAAUCAAGGUGGCUGUGAAGUGUUUUCGACUAUAGGGUUUAGAAAUUGGUAUAGAAAGGAUAGAUUUCCAACACAUAUUGGUCCACCGAAUAGCAUUCAUAAUCAAUCAAAAAGAAAGUGUGAAGAUCUAAUACGAGGGAAACAAUCCAUUCAGGCUGCAUUUCACAAGUUGGAUGAUAAAGGUAAGCAUGACUAUUUGGUUCGCUUAAAUGCCUCAAUUGAUGUGGUAAGACUUCUCCUAAAUCAAGGUUUGGCACUCCGCGGUCAUGACGAGAGUGAAUCGUCAUUGAACAAGGGUAAUUUUCUUGAAGUUCUUUCAUGGUACGCGGAUAGAUGUGAUGAGAUUAAACCUUAUGUGUUGGGAAAUGCUCCAAAAAAUAAUAAAAUGGCUUCUCAUGAUAUCCAAAAAGAUAUUGUGACUGUGUGUAAAAUUGAAACAAUUAAGGGUAUAAUAGAGGAUUUAAAUUGUGACUACUUUGCUUUAUUGGUUGAUGAAUCUAGAGAUGUGUCACGCAAAGAGCAAAUGGCUAUUUGCUUGCGAUAUAUUGAUAAAAAAGGAUUUGUAAUGAAGGCAUUUAUUGGACUUGUUAAUGUUAAAGAUACUAGUGCUUUAUCUCUGAAGAAAGCAAUUGUGGAUGUGCUUGCUCACCAUUCUUUAACUUUAUCUUAUGUACGUAGGCAAUGUUAUGAUGGGGCAAGCAAUAUGCAAGGUGAGCUAGGUAGUCUUAAAACAUUGAUUAAACAAGAAAGUAGAUCGGCUCAUUCUAUUCAUUGUUUUGCUCAUCAACUCCAAUUGACUCUUAUCGCGGUUUCUAAAAAGUGUAUUCAUGUGGGAGAACUUGUACUAUUGGUUUCAAAUAUUUUGACUGUGUUGGGAGCUUCUUUUAAAUGUGUGGAUGCAUUUCGAGAGUCUCAAAAAGAAAAACUCCGAGAGGCAUUAGAUAUGGGUGAGCUAGAAACGGGUAAAGGCCUGAAUCAAGAACUUGGUCUUAUUAAAGCCGGUGAUACUCGUUGGGGAUCUCACUACAAGUCAUUUGGAAACUUUAUUAGUAACUUUGCCUCUAUUGUUGAUGUACUUGAUACUCUUGUUGAAAAUGCAAGUACUCCGGAUUAA